GGAGGCUUGGAGCUGUCGAGGCACCGCGGGUUAAUUUUAGAAGUAGUGUACCAAAAUAUUCCCUUUUAGUGGAAGCCAUGACUUCUUCGGCGAAAAAACGCUCCUCUGAUGAUUUUGAUUAUGAUGGUGAUAAACCUAAACAUACAAAGCUGGAUGUGAGCCGCAACUGCCCUUAUUUGGACACAAUAAACAGGCAUCUGCUGGAUUUUGACUUUGAGAAGCUCUGCUCCGUCUCCCUCUCCCAUUUGAAUGUCUACGGAUGUCUUGUGUGUGGCAAGUACUUUCAAGGUCGUGGACAGAAGUCUCAUGCAUACACCCAUAGUGUGCAGGUGAAUCAUCAUGUGUUUUUGAACCUUCAUAGCUUAAGGUUCUACUGUCUGCCAGACAACUAUGAAAUUAUUGAUUCAUCAUUGGAUGAUAUUAAGUUUGUCUUGCGACCAGUAUUCAAUGCUGAAGCCAUUGAUGCAUUAGAGACUAGCUCAAAGGUGUCAAGAGCAUACGAUGGAACGACAUACCUACCAGGUAUUGUGGGAUUGAACAAUAUCAAAGCUAACGACUACUGUAAUGUUCUCCUCCAUGCCCUUUCAAAUGUCACACCAUUGCAGCGUUACUUUCUCCAGGAGGAGAAUUACGUCCAUAUAAAGCGCCCUCCUGGUGACAUUUUGUGUCUACUAUCGCAACGAUUUGGGGAGUUGAUGCGGAAGAUGUGGAAUCCACGUAAUUUCAAAGCUCAUGUGAGUCCGCAUGAGAUGUUGCAGGCUGUGGUGUUGUGUAGCAAAAAGAAAUUCCAAAUCACAGAGCAAGGAGAUCCAGUUGAGUUCCUGUCUUGGUUUUUAAACACUCUUCACAUUUCAUUGAAUGGAACGAAAAACCGAAAUAGCAGCAUCAUUUACAAAGUCUUCCAGGGCUCUAUGAAGAUCUACUCGCGCAAAGUUUUACCGGUUGAUAUCUCGGAGAAAGAAAAGGAGGAAUACUUAAAAAAAGAUGAAUAUAAAGAAACUGAAAGUCAGUCCCCAUUUCUCUACUUGAUGUUGGAUAUACCAAGAGCUCCUUUGUUUCGUGAUGAAUUGGAACAAAACAUUAUUCCACAGAUCCCACUAGCAACGCUAAUGGCAAAGUUUGAUGGCACGACAGAAAAAGAAUACAAGACUUACAAGGACUCAACCAUCAAACGAUUUGAGCUCACCAAACUACCCCCAUAUCUCAUUCUUUGCCUUAAGCGCUUUAAUAAAAACACCUUCUUUGUGGAGAAGAAUCGAACUAUUGUUAAUUUUCCAAUAAAGAAUAUUGAUUUGAAGGAGUAUUUAUCACCAGAUCCUAAUGUACGUAAAGCUCAUCCAAACACGACAUAUGAUCUUAUAGCGAACAUUGUACACGAUGGUGAACCAGGCAAAGGGACUUACCGUGUCCACAUCUUGCAUAAGGGAACUGGAAAAUGGAAUGAAAUACAAGAUCUUCAUGUGUCAGAUAUCCUGCCUCAGAUGAUUGCGCUGUCUGAGGCUUACAUACAAAUCUGGGAAUUGAAGAAACCUGCUUCGAAUUCGUCAACAAAUCAAACAACAAUGGAAACAUGAUGAUUUAGCGACGUAGAUUGUAGUUUUACGAAUGAAAUGUUUUGUUACUACAGCAUAAAUCCAAUAGAAUAUUGACGAAACAUAGCUGUUUAAUGAUUAUCUAUAACAGAAAUGAUAUUGAUAUUUAUUUAAAAGCAGGUACAAACUAUAUCAUCUAUGACUUUCAUAUUAUAAAAUAAUUUUAAUAAUGUUUUAUGUCAGUCUUAUAUUGCAUCAACAUGGGCUCUUUGCACUUCACCAUAAUUGUGAGCUGUUGUGACAAAAUGAAAAAUGAGUUAUUGAUAUAUUUAGAUAGAUGAAUAUAAUUUUGGCCUUUGAAUCAUGUUCCUAGGUUGAGUAAAAACGGGAGUAAGAACAUUUUAAAAUUCAGAUGUCUAAAAAACAUACUUAAGAGAAAAUCGUCUCUAAAGAUAAACAACUGAUAAAAUUUGUAUUGGUUUUCCUAUCAAUUCUGAAAAAUAGCUUAACAAAAUGUCUCAAACAAAUUAUUACCUUCGGUAACUCAACUCGGAUGUUUGCUAAUAUGAAAUAUACUUAUUAAACUUAUCAGAAAAAUUGAAAACCAAUUUUUGUUAAAAUAUCACUUCAGUUACUUUUUCUUAAAUAUAUCAAAUUGACCUGGCGUACCACAAGACUCGUUUUGUCACAACAGCUCACAAUUACUGUACCCAGGACAUUCGAUUAUUUGAUACAGUACUUAAGAAAGGCAUACUAUAGAGGACAACUCAAUAAUGUUGCAGCAUGUGUAUUUCAAACUUACAGGUUUGCAGUUGAACUCCAGAGUGGAAAGAAGCAUCUCUAGGUAUACAGUUAAACUUGCCUAAGUCGACUGUGCCUAAGUCAAAUAAUUUAUAAUUCGUUCUUAUUUUACAUGCCAAAUUAUUGUUUUCUAUUAAUUAACAAUCUGUAAGUCAAAUUUUAAUAAGUCGAACAAUAUUUCAAUGGCAUUUUGGAUUUUGACUUGGGCAAAUUCAACUGUAAAGUGCUUUUCCCAAAGGAAGCAAUCUGCAUAUCAAGGGUUUCAAACAACAACCGAACCUAAAGGUUAAGGGUUAAAUCCUAACCACUGUGCCAACAAAUCCGUAAAAUUUAGUUUUACUUGACAGAAAGAUUUAUGUAAAAGUUUGUGGUUUUCCCAUAAAAGUACUCUCUUUUUUACAUAAAAAAAAAAUGAAAAAAAAAACAAACAAAUGAACGAUGCAAAAAUUUCUUUUCACAAAUUCGUACUAUGAAAAAAUGAGGAAUUUGCUGCAGUGGUUGUACAUCUCUUGCAAAACUUAAUAGUAAUAGGCUGUGGUAUAUAUUACACAUUGAUUGAGUCUGUUAAUUCAAUUCAAGUUUAUUUUAAAAAUGCAACACAGAGAAGCCAUAAUUUUUCAAUAACUUUGGCAAUAAGUCAAUUGCAGUAUAUGACCCAUCAUAUUAAAGCUUAUAAUGUGGAGAACAUGAUAUACAGUACCGUAAUAAAAAUCAAUUUUCUUGAUUUGGUCACUGAUGUUGGUUUUGGUAUUCCAGCCCUCAUAAAAGUAAAUGAGAUCAAUAACCAGUUAAAAAAGAUAAGAAUAUUGUUGACAAAUUGACAUGAACAACAAUAAAACAUUGCUUAACUUUUUCAUAUACAGUAGUUCAUUUUCUUAAAUUACAGGAAUUAGGCCAAAAAAAAAAAAUUGUGUUGGCUACGUUUUGGGAAAAUCCCCCCAAAAAAUGGGUAGGUCGGUAGGAAAACCUUUUUUUUAAAACCAAAUAUGUGUUUACGCCUAAAAAGUAGAAUAUACACAAAUAAAUACAAAAAUUUUGGAUUGGCAUAUUCCAGACUUAUUUGCUUAUUUGUCGGGUGUGGCCAACACAACUUUUUUUUUUUGGCCUUACUGAAUGUAAAUAAUUUUUGUGAUUUAAAAUAUGUAUUAGAAAAUAAGUUUCCUAAUCAAGAUUGGCUACUUAUCAAACAGAAAUGGUAAUAAAAUGAUAACAAUUUUUUUCUAGAAAAA